UUCACAUUCCAGGUCUAUUCGUCAGUCAUGUUUCCGAGACGGCGCUAAAAUCAGCAAAUACAAAAAUGAAAAAUCACAGUCAGUUCGGUUCGUUUGCUACCUAAACGGCGUCGCAUAGUAUGCUUCUACAGCUCCACCGUACAAUCACCUCGUCAUUAACGAGGUAUCUCUAUCAUCGUCAUAAACAUCUUCGUACGGUUCCGACUAUUUCCCGCCAAAUUUCCCUGCCGUUCUCAUCGCUAAGGAGCAUGAAGAAUUCGCGAGGACAAGAUUCUAAUUCAAGCCCUAAACCUAGUACUCACAAUUCCUCGAUUUCCUAUGACCCUGCUGUAAAGACUGACGAGUCAUUACUGCCUACUCAAUUUGGGAAAAAGCGCAAGCAUUCUAAUGGCAAAAGACUCCAACUUGGACAAAGCAAUUCAAAACAUGUGGCUGGUACCAAUUUUGCUGAUUGUUCCGAGGUUUUGCCUGAGGUGAAACCAUUUGAUAUGUGCCUAUCUGGAAGCAGAAGUUCUGCUACAUCAACAGGUUGUUUGAAUGAGAAGUGGAAUGAAAUGGGGCACAUUGUGGAAGGGACAGAGCAAAGAGUAUUGAGACCUGGGAUGGUUCUACUAAAACGAUACAUCACCCUCAGUGAACAGGUUGAAAUAGUAAAGAAAUGUAGAGUACUUGGUCUUGGCCAAGGGGGAUUUUACCAGCCAGGUUAUCAAGAUGGGGCAAAACUUCGUCUGCAGAUGAUGUGUCUUGGCCUGAACUGGGAUCCUGAAACCAGAAAGUAUAAAGAACAACGGGUUUUUGAUGGAAGUAAGGCACCUGCCAUUCCACAUGAGUUUAGUCUGUUGGUUAAAAGAGCAAUUCAAGAUGCGCAUGCCCUCAUUAAGAAAGAAUAUAAAGUUAGUAAUGUAGAAGAUAUACUCCCUUCAAUGUCUCCGAACAUAUGCAUUGUCAACUUUUAUACUACCCACGGGAGACUUGGUCACCACCAGGAUCGUGAUGAAAGCAGAGAGAGUCUCCUCAAGGGAUUGCCUGUUGUCUCCUUAUCUGUUGGUGAUUCAGCAGAAUUCCUGUAUGGCAAUCAGAGGAAUGUGGAUAAGGCAGAGAAAGUUCUGCUAGAAUCAGGAGAUGUUUUGAUUUUUGGUGGUAAAUCUAGACAUAUAUUUCACAGUGUAGCAUCUAUCAUACCAAAGUCGGCACCUAGGGCCUUGUAUGAGGAAACUAGUCUUCGUCCUGGCCGUGUCAACCUUACCUUCAGACAGUUUUGAAAAACCUUUCAAUCAUACCACAGGUCAGGCAUUUGCUUAAUUGCUUGCAUUGCACCCAUUAUUGUAAGAUAUUUUAGAAUUGUAGUCCAGCUGAAAUUAUGUUAUACAUUAUUAAGAUUGUGACAGGUUGUUGUCGCUAUGUUUUGUCA